AGAUCCGUAGAGUUUGCAUUGAGGAGGCAGCAUUCCUACGUGUUCUUGACCUGUAGUGCUUGGGUGCCGCAAACCCUAGCGCCGGCUUGAGGUGGCGCAUCAUCACUCCGUUCGUUUUUCACCCCCUCCGGUGAGCACGGGUUGUAAGUAUUCGAAUUCCCCUUCGCGAUCGUCGUUGCCUUCCAUGAAUCGCCUGGUACGUCAGCUGUCCCCAUCCCUACCGUUCGCACGGUCGCCGUCGGGUCCGCAGGCGUCGGCUGGAACGUUCCUCUUCCAGACGGGCGGAGGCCUCUGUGGAUGGUUUGGCGCACGGGGUAUCCGGGUACAGGUGCGGAAUGGAAACCUGGAGCAGGCGCUGGCGGUCAUGGAGCGGAAGAUGCGGGAGAGCGGGAUGGAGCGUCUCAUCAAGCGCCAGGUCGGUCAUCACCUCAAGAACUCUGAGAAGCGCGUCCUCGCCCGGAAGAACCUCGAGCUACGUAUCCGCUCCCAGGAUCUCGGCCGCAAGCUCCGCACUAUUCUCAUUAAAAAGAUUAGAGGUCAUUGAGGAUGACAACUGUGGUAGGGGCGACAAAAUCCCACAUGGGGAAAACGAAGUAUGUUACGCUCUUGCCUCUGCAUUUGUCAUUUCAUUCUGGCAUAGACGCCCCUAGAGCUUGUACUUCUUAGUAAUGGCUGAAUGUUUUUUUUGGGAAAUUUCAAACAUUUUACUUUAGCUUUUCGUAUAGAUACUAGACAUUUAAUUAUGAAUUGUGGCUUUAACUGGACGGAAUAUAUUGUGUAAUAAUUGUCAACAUAUGGAUCAGUAGGCUUGGCUGAGAUGUUUGCCACGCCUUCAGUUAUGGAAUUGCAUUGC